CAAAUAAACAGGGUAAAGGGAUAAAAGUUAGACAGUUUAUGUUUGUAACCAUGGGAUUUCACAGCCGCCCACAUUUUGUUUCUGGCUGACCCAUGAUGACGAUGAGUGAUGCUGGUCUUUUACAAAGUACGAUCACAGUAAAGUUAUGUCAUACCCGCUGCAGCUAGGAUGUUAAUGCUGAUUCUUGCACAAUUAGUCACUAACACUAUUAACGCCUGAUAGGGACGCUGCAGCACGCCUCGUUUCUUCAGUAAGGGCUGCUCCCACUGCUCUGCAAGGUCAUGCUCCCUCUUGCUGUCCGUCCUUCAAGAAGUAACUCCUCCUGAGAAACCAUAACACUCGUGAACUGCUGCCAUCCUGACUAUUCAAGGAUUAUUUCGAAACCUGCCCUACCCGAGUGGAAUAAAUAAUUCAACUGAAAAAAAAAUGCUGAUGUCAGGAGUCCAGUGCUGCAGAUUGUGAAAUGAGGGCUGAGCUGCUCGGGUUAAACCGAUCAUAGGUACACAUUUAUUUUCUGAUCCCAGAUGAAGAAACAGUCACAGAAAUGACAACCCCGAUUGCUAAAGUCCUUCUCCUCUGCCUUCUAAGUGAGAACCUUUUUUCCUUCGUGGAACUUAAGCCCGUCCGAUGCCCAUCGACGUGUACCUGCACUAAAGAAUCUGUUAUUUGUGUUGGCUCUUCGUGGGUACCACAAAUCACUCCCAACGACAUUAAUUCCUUGAGCUUGGUGAAUGGAACCUUUUCUGAAGUCAAAGAAGGAAUGUUUUCACAUAUGCCUUCUCUUCAGCUUCUCCUGCUGAAUUCAAAUUCGUUUACUGUCAUACGGGACAAUGCCUUCUUUGGACUUUCUCACCUGGAAUACUUAUUUAUUGAAAGCAACAAAAUUGAAACAAUAUCCAGGUACUCAUUCCGUGGUCUGCAUGAUCUGACACAUCUUUCUUUGGCCAACAACCAUAUCAAGUCAUUGCCAAGAGAUGCCUUCAGUCACCUAGACUCACUAAUAGAAUUGGACUUAAGAGGGAAUGACUUUGACUGUGACUGUAAAGCUAAAUGGCUUUUAACAUGGCUGAAGAACACCAAUGCAACAGUGUCAGACGUUUUCUGCUAUGAUCCUCCAGAGCUCCGUGGAAAGAAAUUAAAUGAUAUUACAUCUUUAAAUUAUGAGUGUACAACUACAGAUUUUGUUGCUUACCAAAUUUUACCAUACCAGUCAGUGUCCGUUGACAAAUUUACAUAUAAGAAUGACGUUUACAUAGCUAUUGCACAGCCUAAGAUGGAGAACUGCAUGAUUCUGGAAUGGGAUCAUAUUGAGAUGAAUUUCAGGAGUUACGAUAACAUAACAGGUCAGUCAAUAGUUGAAUGUAAAGCAGUGUUGCUUGAGGGCCACGUCUUUGUGGUGGUAGCACAACUGUUUGGUGGUUCCCACAUCUACAAGUAUGAUGAAAGCUGGACCAAGUUUGUCAAAUUUCAAGAUAUAGAGGUUUCCAGAAUUUCAAAACCAAAUGACAUAGAGUUUUUCCAAAUUGAUAAUGACUGGUUCUUUAUCAUAGCAGAUAGCUCCAAGGCUGGCUUGUCAACAAUUUACAAAUGGAAUGGCAAAGGCUUUUACUCCUACCAGUCACUACAUGAGUGGUUCAGAGACACAGAUGCUGAAUUUGUUGAGAUAGACAAAAAAAGUAAUUUAAUACUCUCAAGCCGUUCCCAAGUACCAGUAAUUUUCCAAUGGGAUAAAAGCACAAAAAAGUUUGAGAACCCAAAAGAAAUCCCCAAUAUGGAAGAUGUCCUCGGAGUAAAAAGUUUUAUUAUUCAAGGUGAGCUGUUCCUGUUUCUAAACAGGUUUAUUGGUGACUCCAAAGUUAUAAAGUGGAACAACAAACAGUUUGUUGAAAUUCAGGCCCUCCCAUCUCGAGGGUCAAUGAUAUUACAGCCAUUUUCUUUUAAAGACAGGAAUUAUUUAGCCCUAGGAAGUGACUACACAUUUUCCCAAAUAUAUAAGUGGGACAGUGAGAAAAAAAAGUUUGUAAAAUUCAAAGAAAUCUAUGUCCAGGCUCCUCGUUCUUUUACCCCUGUGUCAACAGACAGAAAAGAUUUCUUAUUUGCAUCAAGCUUCAAAGGAAAUACUCAGAUUUUUGAACAUGCAGUUAUUGAUCUGACAUUAUGACUGUUUUAGUACUUACAGUGGUUUAGGACUGUAAUAGAUUUUGCAUUUCUUUUUUAGAAAAUGAACCUGGUACAUGAUGAAGUGUGCUGAUAGAACCUGAUAUUCACUUUUAGCAUUGCCAAGUAGGAAUUUUUGAAAUACAUUUUUUUCUGUUCUGCUUACUAGGAUUGCUGUUAUGCAAUCAGGAGCAUAAACUGUACAUAUGCAUAUUUUUUUCUUUGACUGUCUUCAGAUGUUGGGGAAUUAAUUGCAUGAUUUCCAGGGAAGAAACUAAAACAAUUAACUAAAAAUAUUGACAUAUUAAAGGAAAAUGAAUUAAUUGUAAUGCCUUUUUUCAAACUAACGCAACUAAAUGAAAACAUUUUCUCUGCAUUAUGCUUCUGUGAAUAUAAUCAUUGCUACAGAAUGUUCUGGGUCAUGGACUGCCUUAUUUAUUGUCUUGUGAUAUACCACUUGUUAAAACUUUCAGCUCUUUUUUCACAUUGAAUAAACCAAGAAUUGCAAAUGGUAAAAAUAGUAUGCAAGCAUCACUUGCAAGAAACCUCACACUGCUUAUGAUUAUAGUUUCUGCAAAAUGAUGGAUGUUAGUACAAAUGAAUGUAUUAUUCCAGAAUGCUUGAACAAAACUGAAUUAAAAACUAAGCUAAUAUUUAUUUAACAAGACAUUAUUUUCCAUAUCUGUUAGAAGUUUUUUUUGUGAAGAACAAAUCUUUAUUGGAUGCUUUUCAACAAUUUGUGUUGUAAUUGUUUCAUUUGUUUUUUUAUUAUCAUUAUUUUUUUACAGUAUUACUGAAAUCCAUGCUAAUUCUCUAAUACAGUAUGUCAAACUUUAUUUAAAGUCUUUAAUCACCUUGUGUAUUUUUCUGCUUAAAAACUUUUCCUCAUAUUGCAAUAAUUUGGACAUCAGUUUCAUCUUCACCCAGUGCCAAAGGCAGUAGGGCUCCAUAAAAAGUUAUACUAUAUUAAUUUUUCUUUUCUCGCCAUUAGAAAGAAAAAAACAGGAUUUUAAAGGUACAUGACAGCUUUUCAGACACCUUUUGUGUAUUAACAGAUACAUUGCUUGUGAGAAAGUUACAAUUUAUUCUGUAAAGUAAAAACUCUGUGUUGCAUGUUCUAUUAUUUUGUUUGGUAAUGUUUCUUUUCUGACCACACCCUUGAAAUUAUUGUAAUGGGUACCGGUCAGGAUUUUUAUAAAUUAGCAAAGAAUUCCGAGUAACAAAAAAGAUUUUUCUUCGUAUGUGAAGACACUUACUUGCAUUGUGGUUUCAGUACUACAUUUCAUAUAGUCAACAUCAAAUUUAGGCAGUUUACUUGCAAUAACUACUUGGCACUAUAUUUUACCAAGAAUAUGGGUCUGCUGUGGUUUCAAAUUGCAUAGAAAUAUGGAUCCAGUACAGGAACUUGAAACCCAGUUCCCUGCUAACAUAUUUAUUACAUGUUUGAGGAAAUCGUUAAAACAUUUUUUUCUGCAGGGGAAAAAAACAACCCUGCAUUGCCUAUGCAUGGGAGUUUACCCCCACACCCCCUUACUUACUAACUCCAUGGUCACAAGAACCCCAAGGAGAAGAGAAAACAUACUUUCAGGGUGAAACAUGGCUCACACUACCUUUAUCUCUCAUCAGACAGGAAACAGUGCAAACACUUUCCUGGAGUCAGUGCUUCUGUGAGAUUGGCUCUGAAGCUAUCUUUCCAGGGGAUCUAUAUUCAAACAGAUGUAGGUCUUAGAAGUGUAGUCAUCACUGUACUACUGAUGUAGUGGUGGUGUGACAGUAUCACAGAUGUAUGCAUUGUCAUUGUACUACUGUAGAUGUAGUGGUGGUGUGACAGUAUCACAAAUUUAUUCAUUGUCAUUAUAUUACUGUGGAUGUAGUAGUGGUAUGACAGUGUCACAAAUGUACAUGUUGUUACUGUACUACUGUAGAUGUAGUAGUGAUGUGACAGUGUCACAAAUGUAUGCAUUGUCAUUGUACUACUGUAGAUGUAAUGGUGGCAUGACGGUAUCACAAAUGUAUGCGUUGUCACUGUACUACUGUAGAUGUAGUGUUAGUGUGAUAGUGUCACAAAUGUAUGCGUUGUCACUGUGCUACUGUAAAUGUAGUGGUGGUGUGAUGGUAUCACAAAUUUAUGUGUUGGCACUGUACUACUGUAGAUGUAGUGGUGGUGUGACAGUGUCACAAAUGUAUGCAUAGUCACUGUAUUACUGUAGAUGUAGUGGUGGUGUGACAGUGUCACAGAUGUAUGCAUUCUCACUGUACUACUGUAGAUGUAGUGGUGGUGUGACAGUGUCACACAUGUAUGGGUUGUCACUGUACUACUGUAGAGGUAUCACAAAUGUAUGCAUUUUCACUGUACUACUGUAGAUGUAGUGGUGGUGUGACAGUGUCACAAAUGUAUGCAUUGUCACUGUACCACUGUAGAUGUAGUGGUGGUGUUACAGUGUCACAAAUGUAUACAUUGUCACUGUACUACUGUAGAUGUAGUGGUACUGUGAUGGUAUCAUAAAUGUAUGCAUUAUCACUGUACUACUGAUGUAGUGGUGGUGUGACAGUAUCACAGAUGUAUGCGUUGUCACUGUACUACUGUAGAUGUACUGGUGGUGUGACAGUGUCACAGAUGUAUGCGUUGUCAUUGUACUACUGAUGUAGUGGUGGUGUGACAGUAUCACAGAUGUAUGCAUUGUCACUGUACUACUGUAGAUGUAGUAGUGGUGUGACGUGUCACAGAUCUAUGCAUUGUCACUGUACUACUGAUGUAGUGGUGGUGUGACAGUGUCACAGAUGUAUGCAUUGUCACUGUAUUACUGUAGAUGUAGUGGUGGUGUGACAGUAUCACAAAUGUAUGUGUUGUCACUGUACUACUGCAGAUGUAGUGGUGAUGUCACAGUGUCAUAAAUGUAUGCUUUCAGUACUUCCUCCCCAAUGAUGUCGCAUGUAGCAGAUUACAAUUCAAAGAAUAUCUGAAUAAUCCAUCCUUAGCAAAACACAAAAACUGUGCUGUCUACACCAGAAACAAUAUAAUGUAGUAGUGAUGUGUAUCAGAAGGUGGCAAUUCCUGCUCAUGCGGUAGCUACCUCACUUUGUUGUGUAACAGUGUCACAAACUUUUUAAAUCAUUACAGCUUCCUCUUCAGGUUAUUGGAAUUUGCCAUACUUUUUAAAACAGAUAUAUUCAGUGGUCUCCACAUGGUAUAGAUGGUAACCCCUUAUUUUUUUAUUAACUAAGUAUUUCAUAUGGGUGUACUGCUGUCGGUCUAUCUGAGUUUUAUCAACCUCAAUUUUUGUCGAUACAUCUGGUCGACAAAACUGGUGGUCGACAGUUGUUCAAGAAUGAGAAUUCCACAGGUUGGGGAAUAUAGCCUUUCCCCAGGGAUUGCAUGAUCUCAGAGUUAGUAUAUAUAAUUAGCUGAAGGUGUGGGGGCACAAGGGGGCUUGUCCCCCUUACAAAAAAUUUUUUUUUUACUUUGCAUGGUUUGUGGUUAACCCUUGGAGCAUGCACAGAAGAGUGUUGAAGUUGUGUUGUCAACAUUAAUAUGUCAACUUUAUCAUUGUUGGCAUUUAGUGGACUCAGUCUGGCUUACUAGAUGCAUUCCAGAUACUGCUGGGUGUGGUUCUCACAAUAUGAGAUAUUUGUUGAAAAGCUACCCCAAAAACAAUCUUGUUAAUACUGUUUUGUUCAGUCUUGCUAAAGCUGUGCACUUGGUAAUAUUUGAAUGAAAAACUGAAACUUGCAUGUGAAAAUCUAGGGCAUUCACCGAUGCUUGGAUUCAAAUUAAUUUGCAUUUAAUAGUGGAAUGCUAGAAUUAUACUUUAAGAAAUCAAGAGGUUCUUAUGUUAGGAAAUGUCUCUUCAUCCUCUGCCAUCAGUGUUUGCUCAUUUAGAUUAUGCAUUUACUUAUAACGAAGGAGCAGUGAGAGAAGUAUUCAGCAGAUGUUGUGCAUGAAAGUUAAAAAGAGUGGAAUGUGCAAAUGGCAUUAUGAGAUACAAGGGAUGCAAGAAUAUAAGCUAGUAUUUGUAUGUGUGCAAAUAUAUUGUUAGUAGGAGAUUUUAGCUUGUAGCCAGUAUUGCAUUAGUAGCAGGUCUGAAGGAAGAGCUUUUUUAUCACACUGUUACCAGGUAAAUAACAAGACGCAUGCACCCCCCCCCCCCCCCAUCACACAUCCCUUUUGUAUAGACAGCUGGUUUUAAGUACUGCCUCAAAAAAAAUAUUACCCUAAUCAAAGUACUGUUGUUUUUGAGACAGCUCUUCAUCACUUUCAGAGGUAGUCAACUCCUUACAUUUUCCAUUAUAUAAAAAUAAUUGUUCCAAGGCAGAUAUAAUUGUCACCUCAGAAAUUCUUUUGCCAUCAUGACUGGCGAUGCUUCCUAGACAAGGGAAACCAAUUACAUUGUUGUAUACAGAAGAGCAAUGCCUGUCUUUAAGAAAUACGUGGUCUUUCCACUAAUAAUCUGUAUGUAUGGACAGACUAAUUGUCCUGAAUGCAUGACCUGCAUGCUAUGGUCACUGGUUGCAUGAGUGGGAACUAUAACCUCCUUGAGGGGGGAGUUUGCUUCUUUUUUCACUGGUAAAGGAAAUGAGUUUGAGGAACAGGACUAUCUUGCACGAUCUUCCUUUGAUCAAGUACUGACUAUCAGCAGCCGGUGGCUGCAGGCCCUUCUUUAUUGCAGCAUUCAUGUUGUUAAUGCAUUUGUUUUCCUGUGGUAUAACCAUUUUGUUAACAAUCCAAGAAAAUGAGAAUGGUACCACUUUUUUUUUCGUUUUAUGUAUUUACUUCUCAUUUGUGAAGUGGACAACACCAUUAGGCAUGCCCUCCUUUUUCAGGGCUGACCCAGAAGCCCUUGCUGAUUAAGUGACUUGAUCAUAACGGUAGGCAGAGAGACUGAGGGAUGCUUGUUAGUAGAUCAUGAAUCUAUAGCCUUAAUCUUUUGUACUAAAUAAUUGUCAGAUUGUUCUAAACAAAAUUUUUUUUAAUUAUGAUUUUUCUAGAAGCUAGCAUCACUUAAUCUUUUUGUCCCACAAUUUGUUAUGCAAAACUGAUAUUUUGUUAGGCUAUGUACACUCAAAAAGUUGACUGCUGUUUCCUUUCUUACUCGUUAGAAUAUACCGUUUACUGUACUUUUAAAUGCAUUUUAAGCAGGCAAGAAGUUACCUGCCUUAACAUAUGUAAACUUAUCCCUUGCAUUUCUAGAUUAUGACUUAAUCUUUGUAGAAGGAAUACUGAAGUACAAAGAGAAGAGCAAUACUUCUGUAUAUUAGCUCAUCUACUUGGACUAUUAAUAAAUGCUUGUUUAUACUCAA